AUGGCGCCUUCACAGUUAUCCUCCUCCGUCACAUCAUCGCAAGACCCACCGCGCUCCAUCAUCACCACAUCCACGUCAUCUUCCAGCCGCGCGAAUCUCUGCUCGCGGCAGCACUCAAUCGUCUUCUCCGUCACCUACCGCGGCCGCACCGUCAGCAUCUGCGUCGCGUGCGCGCUCCUCGACUUCCUCGUCAAAUUCCUCUUCUUCAUCCCGCGCUUCAUCCUCGUCCUCGCCAGCUUCGGCGUGCCGCUGCUGCUGCUCCCCGUCGGAUCGCUCAUCGAUCUCACCUCCCCGCCGAUGCUCGUCGCGCAAGCGAUCGCGCUCGUGUGGUACACGUGUUACCUCCCCGGCCUGCAGACGAUACAGGCGAAGCGCGAGAGUUUUAACCGCAAGCGCCGCAUGCUGCAGGCGGUUGAGGCGCGGAGAACGCGCAGCAGCUGCAGCGAUGCUGGGGAUUUGCGAAAAUCUCGCACGGAGAUGGUGACUGCCAAGUCGUGUGCAGCAACUGAGGCGGGGCACUCAUCAUGUGGCGAAGACGAGGUGGUUACCAGAAGAAGCAUGACGCAAAGCUUCGGCGAAAACCUUUUGUGUUUGCGAAAACUCGCCUGCGAGAAAGCAACGUUCGCUUCGCAAGGCGUGCGAAACGGCCUCAGUUCCGCAAGAAGCGCCGUCACUCGCUCGGGCUGGCAGCCCAUGGUGUCCGCAAGAGUAACGGUAACAACUACAGUAACGACUGUGACGAGUUCUGUAGCGGCUACAGCCGCUGCCACAGCGGGGCGCGCUGCCAUGACUACCAAGGCUCUUGCCAUCACGUGCAUCCAAAUCCCGGCCGUCGGCGCUCGUUUCUCCGUGUGGAUGCUAGCGUCAGCAUGGGAUCUCCUUGUAUCGCGGAUGCGGAUCCAGCGGCAUUUAAUUGCGGAUUCCGGCUCACCUUCCAUCUCCGAUUCCGCUUUUGCGGAAGGAACGGCGGAUGUGUGCACAAGGGAGGCGGGAGAAAGGACGCGGAAGCGCGGCGGGAAGGGGAAGAAGGGAGCGCGGCUUUGCAAGGCCGGCCGCGGCAGAGGCGCAAAAGCUGAAUUCGAGUCGCAAGUUCACAAUGGAUGUGAAACUAACGAAGAAAGAGAGGAAAACGAAACGACUGAGCAGAGCGGGGCGGCUGACUCGCAGAGUGACGUGGCAGCGCAGCAGACGGUGGAAAUUCCGGAAGUUUCAGAGCACCUCCUGCAGCAGCAGCAGGAGGUCGACCCGGAAAGCGCCGGGACAAGGACAACCAACCUCUGCAGGAGCCCGGACGACAAGCCAUGGCUGCCGUGGCUCCCCUCCCCCGCCACUCUCUCCCCGUCUCUUAAAGCCCCCGGAGCCCUCACCAACAAGUGGUCACCCACCCCUCUCUCCCCUCCCACUGAAGUCUCGGGAAUGCCUUUCAUGCUCCCGCAGGGUUCCUCCCCUUCAGGUUCUUUUUCAAACUCUGCUGUUGAUUCUGCUGUUUCGGGGUAUGAUUGGCUGGAGAGGGAUGCUAACGUCACCCUCCCUCCGCCUGCUGUGCCAGCCCACGUGGCAUAUGCUGCAACCAGCGCCACUGGCACCUCUCCCUCUAAAUUGCUGCUGCAAUCCCCCACAAUCUCGAAUGCUGGAUUUCCCUCCAGCGCUUCUCAUCCUUUCCAUUUUGACAACAGCGCGAAACUUGGAAGAUCUGUCGAACAGCAGCAGGAACAGCACCACUAUGCCGUUGCCAGUCUGUUGCCGGGCUCUCCGUUUGAGGGGAAUGGUGAAGAGCCAGAGCUAUCAUUCCAUGGGAGUUAUUCCCCCCUCGGUUCUGGGUUUGCAGACAGCCUGGUAUCGGAAAAUGCGAUGUACACCCGAGAAGCGAUAGAGGAGUGUAUGGAGUAG